GAUCGCCCAAUCGGUAACACAGGAAUUUUGUGUACGUCAGUGAACCCAUGUAUUAAAUCAACCUGGCCUUGUCAAUUGCCACAGUUCCAAUGUUUUUGUAGUAAUAAGUGGAGUAUUUAAGUGCCCUGAGGAUGACCUCAUCAUGUCCCUUAACGAGAUGUAAAGAGCAAUGAGUUGGUUCGACCCGUCAGGUUUUGCCAACCUGGCAAAAUCAGCCCUGAAGGAGGCCCAAAAAACAAUAGAUAAGGCUCUGGACAUUAAAGAAGAGGAACAAAGAGCUGCUGACGCAGCAGUGAUAGACGAGUCGAAUUUUUUCUCAGCAUGGGGUAUCAAAAGUGCAACAGAACUCCCUGCUAAUGCAGAGAUAGCCUCGACAAGCGCAAAAAACGAUGGUAGCAUCUGGGGGAGUUUCACAGGCUCUUUUUUCGAGACUCCUGGGAAAGAUCGAGAAGGCAAAAUUUCGAAACGUUCAGAGUCGUUUGACGAUAAAUCUGAAUCCGUUUCUACGGCUAUCACACCCUCAAUAUCACUGCCAGACAACCUAACUCGUAUGCAGUCCAGAUGUGCAAAUAAAAUUUCUGGCGAAUCCGAUACUCAGCAGUUAAAUUCGGAAGUUCCUGUUGAGAAUCAUGAGAGGCUGGAGAAAUCUUUCACAAGAGAAAUCAACGAAUUGGAAUUGAAAACCUUAUCUGACUCCUCCAUGCUAUCCGAAAAGAGGGACUCCCUGACUCAGAAGAUAAAUAGAAUAUCGAUAAUUUCAUCAGGAAGUGACAAGAGAAGCUCAGACAGCGUUGAAAUUCUGGGAUCAAGAUCAGAGACUAACACAGACUGCACAACAACUCCAGAAUCCGAUCUAAUAUCUCCCAGUGUAUCACUGACUGCAUCAGCAAUAGAAACAAAAAUAAACUCUGAUUCUGUGGAGAUUCUACCAGACAGCUCAGUAACAUCCCCUAGCUCUGUUGAAAUUCUGGAGGACAGAUCAAAGUCGGAGAGUUGUUUUCUAUCCAUCAGUCAUGAUAAAUCCCCAGAUGGAGAAACUACGUCAAUCGAGCCUGAUUCUGAUGUCACACAAGGAUCGAACGUCUCCUCAUCAGACAUAUCUCCAUAUGCAUCACCCCUGGAGGAAACUAAAACUCCUAAAGUCGAGGACAACGAGAUCCCUGGGUCUGUUCAACCUACGAGAUUGAUGUCCCUCAGUAUUGAAAAAACAUCUUCGCCUAUAAAUGUCGAAGUAACACAGAGUGUUGAUGAGCUUGACGAAAUCAGCCAGGCUGAAGAUUCUUACACCUCUGCAUCAGAGAGCACAACUGUGAUGACGGUUCUGGAGACGAUUCAACAGCAGAUCGAUCAGAAUAAAGGAAAGAUGUACGAGAACUUGGAGGGCAAGCCCAUCUGCACGGCUCCAAUUUCUUCUCAGUUGGAAUCCAGUUUGGAUUCGUUAAAGGAUAUCAAACAAAGUCUUCAUCUGGCUCUAGAGCCCAUCACAACUCAGCCAAUCAGAAAAUCUGAGUGUUUGGUGGAGAAGAUGGAGUCUUAUGAUCCUGAUAUUGUUAAGAGCACUACUAUUGAGCCUGCGGAGUUUGACGAGACUUGUUCGGAGUAUGGGAGAGGCGGGUCUGAGACCGCUGGAACGCUGCUGACGGAUUCCAGUUGCGAGGGUACGCUUAUUGAAACCAGCUCCGAGGAAAAUCCAACGCUCAGGAACACGCAGGAGGAGGAGGGUGAGGAGGCGCCUUUGACUUCAAGCUCUUAUGUCAAGAAUAUGCUGGCUGACGCGAUGGUGGAGAAAGGGGAGAUCAUUGGAGGGCUUGAGGAUCGUAGGAUAGAGGUGCCACCUAGGGAAAAUUCUCCCAUUUCGUCAGAGAGCCGAUCGGAUCUGGUGAAAAUUGGCUCCGAUCAUGCCAGUGGACAUACCAGUGGUGAUGAGCUCGAAACUACGACUUCUAGUGAUAUUGAAAUUAUUUCAAGUCCAAAUGGAGAUUCAAGUUCAACACAAUCCCGUCAGUCUCCGGCAAAUCUCCACUGUAACAAAGCCAGUGAUCUUCUCACGAAAACCCUAAAAAUCCGAGGACACUCCCGCGAGUUAAGUGAAAUAAGUAUUGGCUCCGACGCAGCAAGUCUAGAGAUCGAAAAACUCCUAAAAAGAAUUCAAGAGAUGAAUGAAAUUCUCGAAGUAAGAGAAUCAAAAUUGAUCGACGUGAGCCGUAUGAAUAUGGAGCUGCACGAACAGAACAAUCAUCUGAAAAUUCAAUUGGAAUCCUGGGAGAAACGAGGCCAGCAGCACCAAGACUUGAACUUAAUAACCGACGAAUAUACCCAACGAAUGUCAGCACUAGAGAAGAAAUUUCAGCAGACAAUCAGGGAGCGUGAUGUACUUAAGGACCAACUGGAAAUCCUGAGGAAGGAGAUGUCGAGUCAAUCGUCGUCGGCAACUGCCGAGAAAGAUGAGAUAAUAAACCAGUUGCGAGAAGAGGGUGAAAAACUGAGUAAACAGCAACUUCAGCACUCUAAUAUAAUAAAGAAAUUGCGAACAAAAGAAAAGGAGAACGAGGCAACACUGAAAACUCAGAAGGACCAGCUCGAGGAAUUAACUUCUGAAUUAGAACGACUUAAACGUUCUUUGCAUGCUAAAGAGGAAGUUGAGCGUAGUCAAAUUGAAGCUGUGCAUACAUUGACAGCGAGGGUCAAGAAGCAGGACAAGGACAUAAUGACGUUACAGGAGAAAUUAGAUACGACAGUGCAUAAAAUGAAUGCGUACAAAACGAGUUUAGAUGCUGCUAAGGCUGAAUUGACAGAGACCAAAAUCAAUUUCACGACUGUUGAGGAGGAGUUGAAGCAAGCAUUGGACAAUGCUGGUGAAUCCUGCCGACUGGGAGCACAGGUGGAGGAUCUCAAGACAAAAUUACGUCAGACUGAGGAGAAUCAUGUGAAGAAAAUAGAAUCGAUUAAGUUGGAGAAUAGUGAAUUAUUGAAGAGGCUGGAGUCUGCCGAAACACGGAGCGAAGAACUCUCUGAAUCAGUGUCACUAGCUACUCAACCACUUCUCCGGCAACUUGAGCAACUUCAAACAAAUCUCGCGCACAAGUCGUCGGCUUAUUUGAAGCAGGAGAAGAUAAUGUCAGAGAAGAUUGACGAGUUGCAGACCAAGUUAGACAGUAUGGUUGCCACGGAUCGUUCGCUCAUGGAGGAGAAUUUGAAUUUGAAAUGUAAAGUAACGAGUUUGGAGUCCCAGGGAAAGCGCAAGGAUGUGGAAAACGCAAAAUUAGAGGAGACGUAUGAGGCAUUGAAAUUCGAGAGCGAAAACUUGACGGUUGAGAUUGAAACCCUUCGUGGGCAGAUUGGAAACAUGGAAAAAACCCAUCAGGAAGAGGUGAGGGAAUUGAAGAGGGAGAUUGAAUCGUUGAGUGAUAAAUUGUCGGUGGAGAAGGCGGCGAUUGACGCAGAAAAGAGGAAGAAUAUUGUAUCGCUUGAGCAACAGCAGAGUGUGGGAGAGGAGGUGAGAAUGAGCCCCACUUCUAGCCUCAGGAGGGAUUCCAUUAGUAGCACGAAUAGCGUCUGGUUGGCGUUCAAUGAUUCUGUGUUCGAUUCGAGCUCCGGACGCUUUCCAAAUGUUUACGAGGGUCUGAGAACAAAUACAAACACAACAUCGACUAUUGAAACCUUGCAGGCACAGUUGAAAGCACGUGAAGGUGAAAUACAAACGCUCCAGUGGGAGUUAUCACGGAGAAACAAAGAGCGAGAUGCAUUGGAAAUGGAGCUAUCGAAUUUAUCGAUGAAAGUCGACGACCUAACUGCCAAAUUGACCGAAGUGGAGGCUUUGAAUACCAAUUUAAAUGAAAUUCAAACUAGGUAUGACGCUCUAUUGCAAAUGUACGGGGAGAAAGUGGAGGAGACUGAGGAGUUACGAUUGGACCUGGAGGACGUCAAGGACAUGUAUAAAAGCCAGAUCGAUCAGUUGCUAAAGAGAGAUACGUCCACUUAGUCAACAUCAAUUGAAACAAAGUGUCGAUAAAUUUAACGAUGGAAUCGAUUCAUUAGAGAUUUUCUCCUUCACCUUUUCGUGUGACUGAGUUAUUGACAUUUCGUAUGAGUGCAAUCGGUUAGAGGCGUUCAUUCCUUUUUGUGAAUAUUUAAUAAAAUUGAAUUUUUUCCAGUUUUUCAUGUGAAAUAGGCUUUUGCAUCGAGAUAGUGGACAUAGAAAAAAGGCAUUGUCUUUCUUCUUGAGACUGAAGUAUAUGAGGAUAUGAUGGAUAUCCGGUGAAAAGGAGUCGCCGUGUGUGAACGUCUUUGUAAAUAUGUAUGACAUAAUUGAAAUAUAAAAUCCAUCAUGAGAGAAAAAUCAUUAAUGGAUAAAUGCGACUCUUAUAUCAAUGUGGGCAGAUCAGUGCGUAUUUUAUUAGUUCAAAUAAAAGAAUUAUGUAAAGUUUUGGGAUAAUUAUACACAAAGAUAAUUAUUCAAGUCAUGUAAAUUUUUUAGAAUAAUAAUUUUAUUGAUAAUUGCUCUUUCGGCGGCGCCCACACGACAAUGGGGACGAAAGUUUUCGGGUGAAAAGUUAAUUGAGCCUAGAUUACUGUACUAUUUUGUUCAUUUUUUUCCAAUCGGUUUAUCAGAAUUUUUAUGGCAUUAAUAAUCGUCGAGAGAUAGUAUUGAACUGUUUUUGUUUUUAGUUUUUGUUGAUGAAAGAUUAUUAUCAAAGAUCAAGAGAAAUGUUUUCUUGUACGAGAAUAAAUGAUAUUAAAUAAAAGAGAAAUUUGUUACAUCA